AUGUCUGCUAACGACCUCCGGGGGUGGGUGAUGAGCGCCGUCUCAGGCGUCGCCUGCGUCCUUGGUUCCUCUAUCAUCUGUAUCGAUGUGCUGGUGCGGGUGCUUUCCCGCCGCAAGAGCUUCCAGAUCGCCAACAGUAGUAAUUUCUUGUCGGCAUCAUUAUGUCUUAGCGCCGGAGUUAUGCUCUUUACCUCCCUCUAUAGCAUGCUCCCCACCUCGAAGCAGUACCUGACGCGCGCUGGCUUCUCUCCCGGUGUAUCCGCAUAUAUUUUGAUCGGCCUUUUCAUUGUUGGAGUGAUAGGCAUUCAAAUAGUAUCCGCAUUUGCACACCGAUAUAUCCCAUCUCAUGUUGUCGACUGUGCGCAUACCCACGGCGAGUCGGAAAGUGAUCCCGAACGCGGAGAGCUGACACACGAGGACCAUGGCCACAACCAUACAAAUGGACAUACCGAACGAACACCAUUGUUACGGCCUAAUAAGCCAUCUUCAUUCAAGUCAACGCCAGCGGUGGUACAGCGGAGCCAACAUACCGAGCCGGAACCCAGACGCCGCGAGACGAUGCGGGCGAUAUUAACGCGCAGCAUUACCUCCCUCAUGGGUGGCGUAAAGCCCACCUGCGAUGAAAACGGGCCUUGCUUCGGCGUUUCUCAGACCUGUGGUAGUGAAUGUACCAAGGUGCUUCCGCCAUCCAACGUCAAUGAAACCGCACGGCCAAGCCUGCCGCAACGUGAAAGUAUCUCUGUGCCGCUAGAGCCGGAAAUUGCCCGUGCAGAAAGUGACAUUAGCAAUGAACAUACACCUACUACAAUGGAAGGAGGGUAUUUUGACAACAUCUCCGCACACCACCACAUGCACCCGCGGAAUCCAUCCGCUUCGCAUUCCGAGCAUCAUUCCGAACAUCAUCCUCAUUCUGAGCAUCAUCACGAAUCUCAUGGUCAUCGCGACGAAAUUGAUUCCGAGCGUCCCAAAUCUGCCGCCGGAAACCCACACCACCAUCACGUCCCUAAAAAUGCAUUCCUCUCCAUCGGACUCCAGACCUCACUCGCCAUUGCUCUGCAUAAGCUUCCCGAGGGGUUCAUCACCUACGCCACAAACCAUGCCAGCCCAACUCUCGGUAUGACAGUAUUUCUAGCGCUAUUUAUCCACAACAUUGUGGAAGGCUUCGCUAUGGCACUCCCGCUCUACCUAGCCCUCGGUUCCCGUUGGAAGGCAAUGUUCUGGUCCAGCCUCCUGGGAGGUAUUAGCCAACCGGCCGGUGCUGGUCUGGCUGCACUUUGGAUCUGGAGCACUGGGCAACACGGUAGCGACGAUGCUAUGGGCCCGUCAUGGGGUAUAUAUGGAGGUAUGUUCGCCGCCACUGCUGGAGUCAUGACUUCCGUUGCAUUGCAGCUCUUCAGCGAGGGACUUAGUCUCACCCAUCACCGCGGGAUGGGAAUCGGGUUUGCCAUUGGGGGAAUGGGUUUGAUGGGCCUCAGCUUUGCAUUGACUGCUUGA